AUGAUCUAUGCGAGGUUACACUCGUCACGACGAUGUUCAUUGGUGUCGCCGCUUCCAACUCUGCACACAAUAAUAAUUGCCUUGUUCUUUCUGAUACACCACACAACGAGUGAAGAAUUGCCUAUUGACUUUCUGACGGAAGAAAGUGUGGUGCUGAUUACAGGUGCUGCUGGAUUCUUGGGAAGCGAACUCGCGUUGGCGCUUCACCGAACCUAUAAACCAAAACAAAUCAUUUGCGUGGAUCGCAUGACGGAGAAUCCCAUGACGCAAGAGGAAUUGGCGCAAUUUGAAUUUCAACGACAACGGACCUUUUCGGUAUUGCAAACGCUUGGAUCCAAUGGCAGUUUCUAUAGAGUUGACUUUCGACCAAUGAUUCCUGAAUAUUUUGAUUUGGGAGAGGUUCCAGUCCUGGAUCACAUUUUUCGACAACAUCCCGAUAUCACGCACGUUGUCCACCUUGCCGAUCCCUUCCCGCAUGCAGCACUACAAGUGAUUGCUCGGGAAAAGGACGUCCCCAAAGCAGGAAUGAUGGAGGCUCUUAUGGAACAAUUCGUAAAAAUCCAACGUAGUGGACAACGAGUGCCUCAUUUUCUGUACGCCAGUUCCUCGGAAGUUUAUCCGUCCACAUCGAAAAACGCAAACCCACCAUUUACGGAAACACACACAAUCAGUACCCCGUCAUCAUUGCGCGGGGCAGCCAAGCUCAUUGACGAGACUUUAGCAAAGAUGUACAAUGAUAUGCACGGAAUUUAUAGUGUUGGCCUCCGAUUCUUUUCCGUCUAUGGACCAUGGAGUGCACCUGGAUCACCCUUGUUCGAAAUGGCCGAACGAGCUGUCACUGGUGAUUCUAUUCUUUGGGGUGAAAAGUGGAAUGAUAUCAAUGAUUUUGUAUACAUUGACGAUGCAAUUGAUGCCAUGAUGUCAGCCAUGCAAUUCAGACCCAGCAGCAGCGAGAAACCACCUCCCGUCGUUUUCAAUGUGGCCAGUGGGCAGGGUACGUCACUCCAACAAAUUGCGACUAUCAUGGAAAACCACUUUCCUCCCAAAAAGCCAUUGGAGACACACGAAAUGCCGGUCCAAGAGGAUCCGGAACCAACUACAUCGUUUGGAUCCACCGAACGAGCUGAAAAGUUCUUGGGAUACAUACCGCGUGUGCCACUGGAGGAAGGUGUGGUGAAGUUGCUGGCAUGGCAUUACGACCGUGCCUUUCCAUACGGAGGGGGUCGUCAAAAGAUUCCCGACGAAAGGGCUAGUUUUGUGGCAGGUCACGGAAUUGUGAGCUGCCUACCGAGUGACAAGGAAUGUCUGAAAGGGACCCCUGUGUUUCCAUGUGCAUCGGAGUGUUCGCACGAAGUCCAAUGUGUGGACUCUUUUUAUGACGAAAUCAUUGGAUGGACUCAGGCAUUGACCAAGAAGUGUGAGGUUGUCCUAUACACUGUCGAUCUUAGCAGCUCAUUGGAGUCUCUUCCAUCGGCGCAUCUAAAGAUCCGCAGCAAGUCAGACUCUUUUAUGCCUGGAGACUGUAAUGUUGCCUUUGUGUCCGCCAGCAGUGUCUUGUACAAGUCCAUGAGCACACAGUCCACGGUAUCAUCAUUCCUUGGCGGCAGUCGGACGGUCCAGAAAAAUGGAGAAUGGAUUCUAGCGCCUGUCAAGAUUCCAUCAUUGGAAGAGGCACCUGGUUACCCGAGUCAGAACAUGCUAUCGCUGCUUCCAAAACUUUCACCUGGGCUCUUCUUCUCCAAACCGAAGCGGGCCAUUUAUGUAGACCCUGAUAUUCUCCUGGACAAUAUCAACAGAUUGUUGGAGGAGGCUUCCAUGCAACCGUACAAUUCAGACGUGCAAGGCCGCACGGCCAUGUUGAUUGGAAAAGGCAGUCCUGUAGAUUUCUUUGCGCAAGACUACGAUUUCGAUAAUCCGCAACGGCAAACUGUCGCACCGAUAGAGACUGUUGUGCAGAAUGCUGCCUACCGAAUGGUUCGCAUUGCAGUUGCUGGCAUGCUAUUUGAUAGUGGAUUUAGCGACUUGAUGGACUCUAGAUGGAUGGUGCAUGCAUUGCAGUCGGAUGAUAGUCGUCUAUUCCGGUGUGAUGUAUUUGGCGAAGUUGUACAAUGGGGAGGCCACACGGAUCGUUCUGCUCUCGAAUUCAUUCUUGGAUUGCAUGACAUGUGGAGUCGAGUGAUUGCCAAAGAAUCGGACGACGAACCAUGGUGGAUAGGAGAAAAUGUCAGUACUGUUCCAGAAGGCCAUAAUUCGUCGACAAGACGAAGGCGGUUGCAAGAGGUACCGCAGGGAGACGGACAUUCAGUAAAGGAAGAGGAUGACGAAGAUGAGAAAGAGGAUCCUGUGAUCGAUCUAGAAGACAAGAAGGGAAUGCAAGCUGAAGCUGUGGAACAAGAAGAAGUCAAUCAUGAAGAUGUCAAACGAGGCGAAACUUCCGAAGAUUCAGAUCACAAUUUUGAUGAAGAAUCUGACAGUGAGAAAGUCCUAACCGAACGGGACUACAGCUCCUACGAUACAUGGAUGGGAGUCUUAUCAGCGACUUCUGUGAAAUAUUUUGUCCGCAUCGUUCCUUCAUCGGAAGUCGGUGUUGUAUCAUUAAGUGACUAA